UUUAUAAUUUUAAUUAAAUUUUAAAUAAAAAAAAAACUAUUUAAAUUAAAAUGAAAGCAAAGACUAAGAAAUCGGUGAAAAUAAUGUUAUCUGACAAAGUAGCUGACGCACUAACACUAAAACCACGAGUGGAUAUCGAAGACGACCAAGUGUUUGGCACGAAACCACAAACCGUUUCACGUGCCGAUUUAGGAUCUUCGGACAGCGAGGACGAAGCAGCCAUCAGUGAUUUUCGUAAACGUAACGUUAAUUUACUGAGCGAAGUCAGUAAAAAGUACGAAGGUCAAGUAAUAACGCGAAAAGAUUUGAGUAAGUUUAGUGAUGACAGUGAUGAGUCCGGAGAUGAAAGUGACUAUGAUAAAACUAGUCAGGAUGAUAAAGACGGAACCCCUGAAGAAAAAAUUACAGAUGAUGAACUUACAAAAGCACCAGAUACUGACUCUGAUAAUUCAUCAGAUGGAGAAAGUGAUGAUUAUAGUAUUACCAAAUUUCAGACAAAAACGCAAUUGGAUGAUGAUGUUAGCGAUGAUGAUGAUGAAGAUGAAGAUGAAGGUUAUGAUAUAAGUCAACUAGAAGAACCGCUAGUUGAGGAUUUCCAACAUGUAAAAAGACAAAAUAUUUCCGAGGAAGCAAAGAAAGGUAACUGUGUAAGAAAUCAACUCCUUGUUUGGGAAGGGCUGUUGGAGAUGAGGAUACACCUGCAGAGAUGUGUGAAUAGUGCCAAUCAAAUGCCAAUGCCAGAGACAUGUAAUGAACUGAAGAACAGCAAUGAAUUUGUGGAAGAAAGUAAUAAUACAAAGUUAAAUGUAGCUACAGUUUUAGAUAAACUCUUAACACUGCAAAACAUACUAUUCAAUAAUUACCCAGAAACUAAAACAUUAACCACCAACAAACGAUCAACGGCUCCAUCGAAAGUGGAACAGAAACAAGAGAGCGAUGAAGAAAUACCUAGUGACACUGAAGAUGAAGAAAUUCCAUCUGACACCGAAGAAGAUGAAUCUCCUGUAUCUAAAAAUACAAACGAAUCGAAAAAGUCCAAUGUACCAGCAAACCUUCCAAAGAAACGUAAACUAGAUGACUAUGAAAAAGAAAUUUCAAUAUCUCAUAAAGCCUUCAAACCGUUCCGAGAUGCAUCUAUUCAGAAAUGGAAUGAAAAAACUAGGUUAGCUACAGCAUCGAACAUUAAAAAUGCUCCAACGAACACAGUUCUGCAACAAAUUUCAUAUAUCUUAUCUGACAGAGAUAAAUUAAUACGAAGAACACAAUUAAAAAGAACAGAGUAUGAUAUAGUUGGCUAUAGUAAAGCUGUUAACAACGAAAAUGACUCGGAAAACGUAACCAAGAACAGGAAAGAUGAUGAUGAAUACAUACCUGAAAUAUUUGAUGAUAAUGAUUUCUACCAUCAGUUAUUAAGAGAGCUAAUUGAAUGUAAGUCUGCUGACAUAUCUGAUCCAGUUCAGCUGAGCAGACAAUGGAUAGCUCUACAGCAAAUGAGGAGUAAAAUGAAAAGGAAAGUGGAUACUAAAGCUACAAAAGGGCGGAAGAUUAAAUAUGUAGUACACAAUCAGCUAGUUAAUUACAUGGCACCUGAGAAGUGCUUAACAUGGACCGAAGAAAGCACGAAUGAAUUGUACAACUCUUUGUUUGGAAAAAUGUUCGAACAUAAUAAUACAGGACUGGGUGGUGAUGUAGGAAAUAUAUUUAAAUUAAAAUAAUGCUAAAUAAAAUAUAUU